AUGAAAUAUGUAUUAAAAACUGUCCUGAAGGAACAUUUCCUAAUAAUAAAAAUAAAACUUGUAUAUAUUGCUACAGCUAAUAUAGUAAUUGCUAAAAAUGUACUGAAACGAAAUGUCUGUCUUGUUUAGAUAAUUUGUUUAUAUUGGAAGACACUUAAUAAUGUGUUUCCAGUUGUCCACCUAAUUAUAUAGAUUCAUCAUUAAUUUUUAAUUCUUCUUAAUCUAACUAAAUAAAUAAAAAAGUUUGUUAGAAGUGUGCUAAUCCCAGCUGUUAUACUUGUGAUCCAAAAGAUACUAGUAAAUGUUUAAGUUGCUCUUAAAUCUUGGAAAACUCUCCAUUAAUUUAUUUAUAUAAUAAGGAUUGCGUAGAAAAUUGUGAUUUUUAUGUGA